AUGCUUACGGAUCCCUGGGUCGUUGAGGUUGCGACCUCUCAUCCUGAGAUCGUGGGCUGGGUCGUUGAUUACAGCGAUGAGAACAAGGCGAAGCUCACCGAGUUAUUGCUCUCUCCCCUCGAUGCUACCACCUUUAAGGCAAUCUUCUUCCAUGUUAAGGAUAUGGUUGACUUCAACCGUACCAAGGCUUCCCACCCUCCUGGAUACUUCUUCAUUGAGACUAUCUACUUGAGCUUGGUGCCCAUGCUCAUCAAGCCUUGGUCUCUUGAGGAUGAGCUCAACCCUGCUAACGAAGAUGGUAUUCGUCCUGCUAAGCUUGGAGUUAAGGCUUGGAAGCAAGACCACAACCAGCGCAAUAACAUCAAGUCCAGCUUCGUCGGUUGGGGCUAUAUGGAGGAGUUCAAGUACGUGACUAUCAAGUCAUUCGCGCUCAUCUCCCCUAAGAUGUCCAAGGCCACCGGCAAGGCCGCGUCUGUCGAUGUGUCCGGUGCCCGCUCUACUCUGGUCAUGAACCUCCCCAUGCCCCCUCCUCCUAGUGCCGACGAUAACCCCUUCGGUUACGAUGGUAUGACUGACGAUGGCUCUCCGUCGACUACAUUAAACCGCCGCAUCUUUGAGAUGCGCAACAUCCGCCACGCUCUCGAUGAUAACAGCCAGACCGAGGGCAGCGUCUCUCCCUUCGAGCAGGCUCGUUGCCGUCAUCGUGGCCACAUGUAG